UUUGCAAAUAAGAUAAGAGCGGCGUUGCACGAACUCACCCAGCUCAGCGUUAAUGUUUAGCCUGAUAACUCUUCUCUCAGAGGGCAGGAGCCACAGCGCUUUUCUUCACGCGCCCGUCUUCCACUUGCACUUUAUGCGUUUGAUCGAGCGACAAAAUGGAGGAGACGCUGGAGGAGAACGUUCCCACCGAAGUGAAAGUCCAUGAUGAAGACCAAGGAGGGACUGGACGGCGGCUGCGGGAUCGAGAUCUGCUGAGGAAGAGGAAAGCCGAAGCAGAAGAGCGAGCAACUAACCAGUGGGUUUAUGGAGCUCAGAGCAGUAAGCGAGCGAAGAGAGAGACAAACAAUGUUCCAAGGAAGAAAGGCAGACCAAGAAAGAACGUCCCUGUGAAGGAACAACAGCCUGAAACGACAGAAGGUCAAGAUGCGGGUGAAAUAGAGACACCCAGCCAAGCAGAGGAGAUGGUUACCGCUCCACAUUCUGACCCCGUUUCCACUCUGGAUUCUGCCUCAAUUCCUGCCCAGGUGUCAGCUCCUGCUCUGGAUCUUCCUCAGAUUCCUGCUGCAGUUUCUGUCCCUAUCCCUCUUCCUGCUCCAGAGAUGAAGCCCAGCAGUGAACCUCUACUUCAAGAGGUUCUGAUUGAAGACCUCGGCAGUGAUGAGGAAGAGGACAAAGCAGUGCCUCAAGAUAAACUUGUACUCGAUCAAGAUGGUGCUGAGGAACCAUCAGCCAUCGCCGUCGCUGAACAGAACAAAGUCUUCUCAGAUACAGUGUUAGCGUCGCCGCAGCCUGACUCUCUACCCGGAAACCUUAUCUAACAAUCCCAGAUAUCUAUCAUUAUCACAAUCACAUUGUAUUUCUUUGGUUAACUUUUCCUUUUUUUAAUUUCAAGUUUGUAUAUGAGAAAUUAGACCAAAACAAGGACCAAUAACUCAUCAAAGGGUUUGCAGCCUAUGUGUAAUUUGAAUCAGGAACAAAUGUAUAUUUAUUAAUGUGCCUAUUACAUUGUGAUGUCGUUUUAUUGAGCCUGAAGACUUGUUUUGUUUUUUGUUUUUGCAAAAUGAAUAAUUUUAAAUAAAAGAGAAACAGUGAAUUUGUA